AUGAGUGAUCAGUUUCCGUCCGAGUGCCGGGCAGAGGUCGAGGUGUCGGCGUUCGGUUCUUUACUUGAUGAACAACCCUCCCCACUUGAUGAACAACCUUCCCCAGUUGAUGAACAACCGUCCCCAGUUGAUGAACAACCGUCCCCAGUUGAUGAACAACCUUCCCCAGUUGAUGAACAACCGUCCCCAGUUGAUGAACAACCCUCCCCACUUGCUAAGGACCCAUUACCAGAAGCUCCUACAUCUCAGGCCCCAAGCCAGAAAAGCAUUCAUACUAAAGUCUCGCCCACAAUAACAGAGAAAGCAAUUUCAAUCACUUUAUGCAAAUUUCUCCCAAUAGUGAGACAAUGCAAGAAGGAGGGCAUUAAAAUAGUCAAGAUCAAGCACUACAGUGUAGAUAAAGCCCGCAUCGUACACACGGGGAUGUAUAACUCAUACAUCGUGUAUGAUUUACAAACACCAGAUUUACGUUGCGUCAAAGUAUAUACCCAAAGGUGCUAUGCUGGUCUCUACGCUGCUUGCCAGGAUGCCUUGAGGCACCAAGCUGUGAGGUCGGUCACUGGCGUUCCUGUCGUCCAAAUGCUCAGUGUUCGUCCCGCUGGUUUAAUUAUAACACCGUACAAAGGCAUCACUUACCAGGAGCUGCUCCGGUGCCCUCCUGGAGACGUGGUCUACCUCCGGGCUCUAGUCAACUUGUGUUCAACGCUGGACCAAUUGCAUUAG